AUGAUUGAUAAUAGAAGAGAGCUAUUAGAGAAACAGAAGCAAGAAACUAUACUCCUAGAUAAUCCAUUUAGAUGGGUAUUAUUUCCAAUAAAGUAUAAUAGACUUUGGAAUUUUUAUAAAAAAUAUGAAGUGGUCUUUUGGACUGCUGAAGUUAUUUCCUAUAUAAAGGACUUAGGGAUAAUAUCUGAAGUUGAUAGAAGAUUUGUAGAUUCAAUUGAAUUACUAUUUUCUAGUAGAGUUUUUAUUUCUAACACUGGCUUAGAUUCUGUACUAGUAGCAUGUGAAUUUCUAAGCCAAAUUCAAGUACCAGAAGCUAGAGGAUAUUUCUCAUUUACUAUCUGUAUGGAGAAUAUAUAUAAGGAAGUAUUUAUGAAUUACAUAGAUGUUAUUAGGAAAUAUAAAUCCGAAAAUAUAAAGGAAUAUGACCAUAAAGAAGCAAAAAUGAGAUAUCAUUUAAAAUUGAAAGAUAUAAUUACCGAUAAUCAACAUUAUCAAAGGAAAAUUGAAUUUGCUAAUCAGCUUCUUGACUCUAGUGUCCCAUUCUCUGAAAAGUUAAUAAUAUAUACCAUAAUUAAAAGGGUUUUUUCAUCAGGUAUUCAUCUGAUUAGACAAUCAUUCUUUAAUAAAGAAGGUCCAGUUUUAGAACAAUUAUGUGAUGCAUUAGAUCGAAUAAGACGUGAUGAAUUAUUCCAAGCUGAGUUUUGUUUGAGCAUAGCAAGAUCCAUGAAAACAAAACCUAGUAAUGAAUAUAUAAUAUCUAUGCUUGAAAAUGCUAUCACGAUUGAGAAAGGUUUUAUUUUUUCUAUAUUUAAUCUAGAGAUUCUUGAAAUUCCAAGGGAAGAUAUCGUUGCUUAUUUAUUGUUUUCAGCUGAUGAGAUCCUAGUUGAAUUAAAAUAUCCAAGACAUUUUAAUGUAUCUAACCCAUUCAGUGAAUUAAUAUCUGAUUUACCUGCUCCAUCUCAGGAAGAGGCUGCUGCAAGGCAAACGCUUACACAAACAUUAAAAGUUAUUCAUUGUAAGACAUAUCAAGAAAUUACUGAUGCUCUUCAAUUCUCAACAUCACAAGAUUUCUAA